AAAGCUUUCAGUCCAGGUCUAGUUCGCGAAGAGAGCUCUUGAUUCAAUUGGCUACGACGCAAGACACACAUGGAUAGAUCCAAGAAGGCCUGAUGCUGUCUGCCGUGUCACCCAGCGGCAAAGGAGGCUCUCACACGGUUUGGGGUCGACCCGAAAUCUCCAGCUCCAGCGAGCCGGGCUCCGAGGGCCUCAAGGUCUUUGGAGGAACUGCCAAUGCGUACGGCAUGAGUCCAUCAGGGAGCAGCGAAAACCGCCAAAGUCCUCAUAACCAGAGGAGUCGAUACAUGGCGGACGCUCAGAGACAGUUCUCCGCGGUGGCCCAGCGAACGCCCAAUGAGGAGCGGAAGAAGCUCCAGCGCAAGGUGGCCAAGCCAGAACCCGAAUCCACCGAGUCGGAGAGCUCCGAAACGCCCGAGGGUGGGAGCCCCGUGGUGAAAUCCAGCACCGGCAGCAGCAAGCUUAAGAAGGAGUCGCCAAGUACUUACAUGGGUGGAGUCAAGGGCGACUUCGACACCUUCUACAGGAAGAUGAAGGCGCUGGCCAGAGCGGCUCGGGAGCAAGCUGCCCGCGAGGAUGCACUGCAUGGCGUGCCUCCCAGGCCAUGGGAUCCGACGGCCCCCUUGGAAGAAUUGAAGAAGCUCCUGGUGGAGCAGAACUGGGAGGGGGUGCGCGCCUGGGUGGAAGAGGGCGACGACAUGGACUCCGAGGGCACGGACGAAGGAACCGAACUCCUCGAGGGCGAAAAAGGUGAGUGGUCCUUGGGCUCGGAGAAACACAAGAUGGGGCAAUGCAGGCCCUGUCACUACGUCUUUUCCAAAACGGGAUGUCAGAACGGCAAAACGUGCAACUUCUGCCACUUACUGCAUCCAAAGAGGUUUAGACCCCGACCCUGCAAGUCGAAGCGGUCCAAGUGCAAGCAGUUAGCAGCUGUUCUGGACCAGGUUUUGGCUGACGAUCCGGAACGUUUUCAAAGCGUUGCAGAACAACUCAGCGCACAAGGAGGGUACCUCCACACCGUUGUGAAGAGCAAGCUGCACUCAAUGGCCAAAAAGCUCAAGCAUGAGGCCGGCUCUGGUGAGCCGGCUCACAAAAGCGCCGAACCGCGCCCGGGCUCGCCGGGGCCUGCGCCUGGAACCCUCGGUGCCACCGCUGGCGGGCCUGCCACAGAGGCGAAGCGUGUUUUGAAACCUGGCUUGGUGUCACUCUGAGAUGGAUCAAGUAGCUUGAGUCUGAGAGAUGCAUCCCACAAUUCGAAGCGCG